CCCGGAAGUCUCGCGAUGUUGCGCCUCUGGGUUUAGAAACUCUGUGCUCUAACGAUGACGUAGGGCUGGGGCGUGUGGAUUUACUUCCUGGGAUUUGUAGCUUGUAAAUGCAGUGUUCAAAUAUCCAAUGUACUAAUUCGUUGAACGUGGCACGUGAUUAACUACAACCAGUUAGCGAGUCGGGAAUAUCAGAGUUUCUUAGUUCCAACUAGCACUUGAACGCGGCACGAUUCCUAGCCAAGUGGACGAUGUCAGUUUCUCGUAUAAAGGAAUUUAUGACAUUUUUAGAAUUUUACAAUGUGCUUUAAAUAUAAUAGUUUGUUCGAAUAGAGCAGUAUGCAUGUCACGGAAUUGUGUUGAAUGCCCUAACGUUACAUAGGGGGGGAAAAACGUGUUGGAAGUCCUAGCUAGCUUGUUAACGUUAUUUGCACGGAGGCUAGCUGAAACGAACACCAUGAGAGGCAACGAGAAGACGUGGAAAGUUUACUCCGAACCAAAGAUAACAGAGGGGUGACAAUAUUGCAGUACCACGAUACACCAGGGGACUUGGUGUCUGGGUAUGUCACACGAGUAACUCCACAGAGUUCCGAGCCACGCCUCGAGAGGAGAGAGAGCUGUCAACCAGGCAGUUGAGACAUGAUUUGGUUCUUUCAUCCGACAGAAUGGUGCAAGUCAUAGCCAACGUGUGUUGUUUUGCUCUUUGAGCAAAGAGGUUGGAGUUGGAGGUAUCCCGAUGUGGGUAGUGCCUUGGCGGGCUGGGAGGGAACGAAUUAAUGAGAGGCAUAGGGUAGCAUAAGAGCGCAUUCUCUUCCAGUGUCUGACAGCGCUGUCGAUACUUCACUUCACAAUUUGGAGCUAGGACUCGGGAGUUCGGCGAACAUUGGUGCUCUAGCUACACAGGACCAGCCAGCUGUCUGAUGUUAUGUUUUAUUUGAUGAAAUUAAACCAGCUCUACGAAGCUUGCUUAUUGAAGUGCAGGUCCUCAAAGAGAUAACUCGUGGUCACUUCUCUAUUUGGCUGCUGUGAGGGAGGCCAGUGCUGUUACUGGUGAGCAUUCAGACUUCUCCACCCCAGAAAGACAGACGGCCGGAGUUCCCCUGCCCAGUGCCCCUGUUCUCCUUUUCAUGGAUGCCAGGCUGGCCCUGCUGCAGCUUGGGACUCUCCUGGUCCUCCUGUCCGCAGCACUGGAGUCGACUGCUAAGCUGACUGCUGGAGAGGAGGUCUACACUAACACCUGGGCGGUCCACAUAGAGGGAGGACCGCAGGAGGCUGACCGAAUUGCCAGGAAACACGGCUUCAUCAACCAUGGCAAUGUGUUCGGGGAUUAUUAUCACUUCCGUCAUCACACCGUAGUGAAGAAAUCCCUAUCAGGCCACAGGGGAACAUAUGUCCGACUGCAGAAGGAACCACAGGUGCGUUGGGUGGAGCAGCAGGUGUCGAGGCGGAGGAAAAAGAGGGAUGACUACAGCGAACCUUCCGACCCCAAAUUCUCCCAGCAGUGGUACCUGGUGAGCAAGUCCAACCCCAACGAAGCAGACCUGAAUGCCAGGGGAGCGUGGUCCCAGGGGUACACUGGGAGAGGAGUGGUGGUCACCAUCCUGGAUGAUGGCAUAGAGAAAGACCACCCAGACCUUGCCUCCAACUACGACCCUGAUGCCAGCUAUGAUGUUAAUGAUGGAGACUCUGAUCCCCAGCCACGCUACACACAGCGCAACGAGAACAGACAUGGAACACGGUGUGCUGGUGAGGUUGCUGCGGCCGCCAACAACGAUGUUUGUGGGGUUGGCGUGGCCUACAACGCCAAAAUUGGAGGUGUGCGUAUGCUGGAUGGAGAAGUGACAGAUGUGGUGGAGGCCCACUCCCUCAGCCUCAACUCGCAGCACAUCCACAUCUACAGCGCCAGCUGGGGCCCAGAGGAUGAUGGGAAGACGGUAGACGGCCCCGCCAAGCUGGCCAAGGAGGCAUUCCUCCGAGGAGUCACUGAGGGCCGCGGCGGGCUGGGCUCCAUCUUUGUGUGGGCGUCGGGGAACGGUGGUCGUGAGAAGGACAGCUGUAACUGUGAUGGUUACACCAACAGCAUCUACACCCUGUCCAUCAGCAGCACCACCCAGUAUGGCAUGGUGCCCUGGUACAGCGAGGCCUGCUCCUCCACCCUCGCCACCACCUUCAGCUCUGGGAACCCUAAUGAGAAACAGAUAGUGACCACAGACCUGAGACAGAAGUGUACAGACACCCACACGGGGACGUCAGCAUCGGCCCCCCUGGCUGCUGGGAUCAUCGCCCUGGCUCUGGAGGCCAAUAUGAACCUGACGUGGCGGGACAUGCAGCACUUGGUGGUGAGAACCUCUCACCCCGCCCACCUCAGCACUGACGACUGGAGGACCAAUGGAGUGGGCCGCAAAGUGAGUCAUUCGUAUGGGUAUGGUCUGCUGGAUGCGGGGGCCAUGGUGGCUCUGGCUCAGAACUGGACCAGCGUGGGCCCACAGCACCAGUGUGUCCUCACCAUGCUCUCAGAGCCGAGGGACAUAGGUAGCCGGCUGCUGUUCAGUAAGACAUUGGACUCCUGCUGGGGCAGACCAGAGUAUGUCAACUCUCUGGAGCAUGUCCAGGCCCGCCUCACUCUCUCCUACAACCACAGAGGAAACCUGGCUAUACACCUCAUCAGCCCCCUAGGGACACGCUCUACCCUGCUGGCUCCCAGGCCUAAAGACUAUUCGCCAGAGGGAUUUAUUGACUGGGCUUUCAUGACCACCCACAUGUGGGAUGAGGACCCUCGAGGGGAGUGGACCCUGGAGAUCGAGAACGUCUCAGAACAAGGACACGACUAUGGUGAGUUGAGUCAGUUUACUUUGAUCCUGUACGGUACGGGCUCCAGCUCCAAUAACCCCUCGUCUCCUGACUUCCCCCGGCCUUCCAACAACAGCUGCAAGACCUUCGACACCCAGCAGAUCUGCAUCGAGUGCAGCCUAGGCUUCUCCCUGUUCCUGCAGGGUUGUGUGAAGCUCUGCCCCCCCGGCUUCACCACGGGCCCCCAGCUCCUCAACAUGUCCCUGGACAACUGGGUGGACUUGUCCUCCGUCCAGUCCUGCCUGCCAUGCCACCCUGCUUGCCUCACCUGUUCCGGCCCCGGGCCCAGCGAUUGCCUCUCUUGCCCCCCUCACAGCCACCUGGUCCUCACCGCCUGCCUGCACCAGAACCAGAUCCAGCGCAAGUCCCCCACUGGCCCCGACCUCCAGGGAGAUGUGGGUGGACCAGGGGAAAGCCCAGUGGGGUUAGAGCAGGGGGGAGGUGGGGGAGUGGGGGAGCCUCCAGGACCUAGCCUGGCCCUGUCCUCCCCUCUGGCCACCCUCCUGGCUGUGCUCAGCUGUGCCUUCAUCCUGGCAGCCUUUGCCGGGGUCUUUUUUAUGCUGCAGCUGCGCUCUGGUGGCGCCCCUUGGGCCCGGAGGACCAAACUGCAGUCUGUGGAGACGGGGGGAUGGGCCUCGGGGGGCUUCGGCCUGGGGCUAGGCUGGGAGAGGCAGGGCAGGGUAUCCUAUAAGGGGAUCCCCACCGUGUGGGUUGACGAGGACCAGGUAACAUUGGGGGGCUCUGAUUCCGACAGUGAAGAGCUGAACUGCCACAGUGAGAGGACAGCCUUUAUCAGGACACAGAGCUCUCUCUAGCCCCCUCUCUAACCCCUAUGUCUGGAGGAAACUCUCUUCAGAGGGUUUGGUCUCUCCAGCCCCUCCCUCUGCUAGAGCUCAUGGGUCUGUAGUGUGAGUCUGGUUCAGGCAUUGUCCCUGGCUGAUAGACAGAGAUUCUGAUCCAGGGAUGUAAUGGCUCAGCCCAGCAAGCACCUCCUGGUCCACUGAUUCACCCUCAAGCAUUAAUCAACUGAAAAUGUUUUUGUUUUAUAAUGACUAUAUAUAUAUAUAUAUAUAUAUAUAUAUAUAUAUAUAUAUAUAUAUAUAUAUAUAUAUAUAUAUUAUUUUUGUUUUAUUUUUUGCUUUUAAACACUUGAAUAAGAUUAUUUGCCCUGGCCCAAGGGUCUAGGUAAAGGUAAAGUACAGUUUUCACUAUUAUUUCCCAUUGACCUUUAGUUUAUUGUAGAAAGGCCAAUUUCUGUAUUUUGAAAGUUGCAUAUCUUGAAAACUUGAUUGCUGUGACAUGCAAAACAUUUUGGGACUAUAUCAACAAUGGACUAAUGAAACAAAAGAUAGUUUUGGGGUGGAGUUUUCCUUUUAGCAGACGUCGGAAGAGAUGUCGUGUGUAUUAGUAUACGUGUGCGUAUGCGUGUGCCUGUGUGACAGUGACUUUGUAGACAAGAACUGAAUAGCCUCCCAACACAGUUUCUGAUUGGAUGAAGACCACAACAGGGUUUUAUUUAAUGUAUGAGAAAGAGAGAAGGUUGCAGAUUUGGGCACUGAUAAAUGCCUACAUUUGAACGCAGUGGCUGUACAGUAACAUGCUACACAUGACGUCAGACCUCAAGCUCUGCGCUUCACAGCGCCGAAUGGGUUUCGACUGACAGCCGUUCUGCACUUGAACACCGCACGCGAUAUGAAGUUGCCCCAAUCUCGCUCACUAAUUGGGCAUUUUUUUUUGUUGACUGAGUGAGGGAAAGCUGUAAAUUAAUGAGACUAUGUAUUUUGAAAGAUGAGACGUUGAGGAUUAUAACUAAAUACUGUUUUGAUGUCAUACAAGCAAGCCAAACACUCAUGAGUCCAAAUGUGUACUUCACAUUUCCGUAUAUGAUCUAUAUUUAAGGUACAGUUACAAUAUCACAUUGCGUCAUACCCUGGGUUAUUCUGAAAAUAAUGUGCAUAUGUUUGUCUACUGUGAAGAAAAUUUGACGCAGCACACGCACCUGAAUGCACUCAUGACUCCUUUCUAUGCGCACCAAAAUAACGAUCUGUUUCCCUGAAUUACAUUUUGAAAGCCUAAAACUGUAAUAUCGUGUUUUAUAAUUUAGCUAGUCAUGUUGGCAAUAGAACAAGCUUUCAAAUUAUACCCACCUGAUCCAGAUUGCGAUUUAUAAUGGUUUUUGGAUUGCGUAAACAACACCAGUAAUUGUGUAAUGGCGGGGACAAUGGGUUGUGUUCCAAACAAAACAACUUCAAGUGUGCUUGCUCUAGUUCCUCAACGGCACAUCUAGGAGAGCUCAAAACAGCCCCUUAUAGUUGAAGGCUGUUCUUUGAGUCAUAUAAGUGCAUUGAAAUUACUUAGGAAACGUGCACGCUUUGGAGAGGUGUGUGGCCACUUGGAGACACCAGUUAGUCCUCUCACUCUCACUCUUAUCAGUAGUGCUAAGCGAUUUUCGAUGUCGGUUUCGAUUGUUUUUUACAUUAAAUGCUCUAUGCAUUAUGUAGGUUGAAUGCUGUAACAACACAGAAUAAAACAAUUAA